AGGGAGGGGGGGGAAUGAAAAUUAAAACUAAUAAAAAAAGCAGAGUGGAGUUGCCCAGGUUGGAAAGAAUCAAUGGAUUAAAUAAAAGAGCCGUGCUGGAGGAAAGUUUCUCAGGACUCCUGCGAGGGGGCUGCAGAAAGCAGUGACAAGGGGGCUCUGCACAGAUAAACACUCUACUGUAUCUUGUCUGCGCUCAGACACCGUCCCUAUUGUUUUGUGCAUUUCCAAAAUAUGGCAAAGGUUCAGGUGAACAAUGUAGUGGUGCUGGAUAACCCUUCUCCUUUCUACAACCCAUUCCAAUUUGAAAUCACGUUUGAGUGCAUAGAGGACCUGUCUGAAGACUUGGAAUGGAAAAUAAUUUAUGUGGGCUCAGCAGAAAGUGAGGAGUAUGACCAAGUGCUAGACUCUGUGCUGGUGGGACCUGUGCCAGCGGGACGUCAUAUGUUUGUGUUUCAGGCUGAUGCACCUAACCCAGGACUUAUUCCGGAUGCAGAUGCAGUUGGUGUUACAGUGGUGUUAAUAACCUGCACAUAUAGGGGUCAGGAGUUUAUCAGAGUGGGAUAUUAUGUCAAUAAUGAAUACACAGAAACAGAGUUACGGGAAAAUCCUCCUGUGAAACCGGACUUUUCUAAGCUUCAGAGGAACAUACUGGCAUCGAAUCCUAGAGUAACGAGGUUCCACAUAAACUGGGAAGACAAUGCAGAGAAACUAGAUGAACUAGACAACAGCAACCAAAACCUGCAAUCCAUGCUAUCUACAGAGGCUAUGCCAUCAGCCUCCAAAGGCUGGCCCAGCUCUGAGAACUCACUGAAUGUUAUGUUAGAAUCCCACAUGGACUGUGUGUGACUAGCAAGCCGCUCAAUUCUAUGGUCAACCAGUUAAAGUAAACAGGACUAAUGUGCUGGGUCAUGAUGAUCCUUUGUAUGAAGGUCACAAGAAAAAAAGAAAAAAAAACUUCAAUGAAUUAAGAAAAAUGUUAACUAUAAAAACUAUUUUUAAGUAACCCAGCCAUGUUAAAGCAUUCAUUUUUUUCUCAUCCACAACGCAAUGCAGAAAAAAGGAUUACAAGAUUCUGUUCCCCAAAUAUUUUACUUCAUACUAGCUAUUUUCAAUAAAUCUGCUCUUGUUACAA